AUGGAGCAUUUAAAUACAGGGACAUGGCUCAAAGAUGGAACAGACUCCAGAGCAUCUCCCUCAAAACGAAAUCCCUCAGCAGUCCAGCAAGGAUCACGUUCCUUCAUCUCCACCAUGAUCUCAAAGGGGUGGCUUCUCUGUUCUGGCCUAGUGAUGAUGCUCUGCUUCACUGAAAUCUCAUCUCAGGACUGCAACCAACUUCGCAGUUGGCUAAAUAAAGACAACUUGAAGCUUCUCAACAGCAAGAUGGGAUCCACAAUUCCCCUACAAUGCAUCGGCCAUGUGGCCAAUUUCUCCAACAACGAAGGAAUCCACAGCAACGAAAUCCAGGGGGAUGAUGCCAAAGCAGCCACGCAAGAAAUCCUCCAGCAGACCCUCCACAUCUUCAGGCAAAACCACAGCGAAAUGGACUGGGACGAGACUUCCAUAGCUGGUUUCCAGGCUGGGCUGCACCAGGACAUUGAGAACCUGGGACGGUGCUUGGGUGCAGAGAAGGGCAACAGCAUCCGACAGCGGGUGAAAAGCUACUUCAGAAGAAUCAACGACUACCUGAAAGAUGACGGGUACAGCCUGUGUGCCUGGGAGAUUGUCCAGAUGGAAGUCCGGCAAUGUUUUCUGCUGAUCGACCAACUCCUCAAAAGGACGGGAAAUGCAGGUACUUUCACAAAAUACUUUACUAUAUUUAGGAACAAAUAUGAGAAUUUGUAG